GAUGGUCAUUGGAGUAAAGCAUCACAAUUACUUGUUGGUUACAAGUUACCAACGAAGUGGUAUACGUUGAGUGAAAUUCGUUGUUCAUUCAGUCAACAAUACUCUUACGGCUGGUAACGAUGUCAAUAUGUGUUUGGGUUAAUAUACGGUAACCAUAAACCGACCACUAGGAAACCCCGAUUACUGUACCUCGCGCGUCACAAUAUACACUAUAUACGCAUCGCUGGUUUAAACUGAAUAUUCGGCGUACACCUACUAUGUGCAACAACAAUAACAUACACGGCAUACAACGAAAUAGAGACUACUAAAUAGAUUUCGAUAUCAAUGUUUAAUAUGAGUGUAGAGAAAUAAGUUACUUCACUGAAGAGUCAUCACAAGGAUAUACAGGGUCCAACCGACAUCGCAUCUCAAUGUUCGACAAGGAAUUAACCCGCGAUAUAAUUUCAGAACAGAUGUCACUGAACCAGCCUCCUCCACACAUAGAGGCUUCCUUUGGCUUCAUGGGUGCCAUAGGUGUUAUCAUCAACAUUGUGUUCUUCAUCAUGGACAUAAUUUCUGAUGGCAUGCUGGCCUUUGUCCUCUUCAGACAGGCCGAAAAUGCAACGCAAGAAAAAAUUAAAGCUAUGACAAUGACGUGGUUCAUUAUCACCAUUUGCAUUAUCAUCAUUCCCAUGGUUAUCCUCAACAUUUUCAGUUUACUUUGGUACUGGCAAAAUAAGGUUUGUCUAGGAGAUUACUGUGUACUUCAUAAAAUGAGCACUUCACAAGUCAUUAUGCGGGUGUUUAUUCACAUAAUCCUCUUGGGGCCCCUCAUAAGGUACAUAGAUAUCAUUCGAUAUGGAGUAAAGAUGCAACAGGAAGUAAAAGAAGUAGAGAUGGGAGAAAGUGGAGCCAUACUCAGGAGAACACCCAAAGGAGAAGUACAUGCUGUACUACAAAUGAAUAAUAAGCACCCACUUGGGUCUGAUUUACUUGUACAGGUUAUCUCUAGAGAUACUUCUAUGCUUGACAUGAUGCACAGUUUUCUUCAAGAUGCACCACAGCUCAUCUUCCAGAUCUACCUUCUAUACAGGAGCCCGGAGAUAAUCACUGGAUCUGACUCUAUGGAUUCUUUAACUAUUGCUGUACAAGUGUGGAAGGUCUUCUUAGGUGUAAUGGCAAUAUCAUGGUCUCUGGUCUCAUAUCAAGAUGAGCUAAGGAGAUCCAUUCCAAAGGAGAAACUUUCUUGUGGAGCAACCAUAGUCUGUCUUUUCUGGAGAGCUACUAUGAUUGCAUCUCGUGUAACUGCCAUUGCUACUUUUGCUUCAAUAUAUCAAAAGGAUGACGACAGCACAGCAUUAUUUUCUCUACCAAAAAGAAAUAAUGAAGGAGAAGUCAUUGUUUCUUUUCCCCUCAUCACUGUAAUUGCUUUGGUUCUUCACUGGCUCCUUAUGACUGCCUGGAUUCAUGCUCAGAGCACUAAUUUCUGUGCUAGUGAACAGGGUGCUCGUAGACCAGUGCUGGAACUCUUUUAUAAUUUUGUGAUGGGUGCAGUGCACAUUUUCUGCUAUAUUAAUCUAAAGGAUACCCCUUCCCGGAGAAGGAUGGUUUUCUUCUAUACACUGACUUUAAUAGAAAAUUCUGCAAUGAUAACUGUAUGGUAUAUAAUAAUGGAGGUAAGGUAUUCGCCAUGGUUCCAAAUAACCAUGAUAUUCAGUACAGAAGUUCUUUGGGUUCUCGGGAUCUGCUCAGUGAUUGGGUACUAUGCUUUCCUCCACCCAGACAAAGAUAAUCUUGGAUCAUCCAGAAAUCAAGCAUCUUGGCACAAUUGAUUGUGAGAGCAAACUGAUACAAAAACAUACGGAAUAAAAUUUCAUAUUUCCCUUAUUUCCAUAUGAAUGAUACAAAGUUCUUGAGCUACUUGGGGCUAAUAUGAAUGUACCAUAUUAUGAAAAACAAGCACUAAUGAAAUUUCAAAAUCCUGUGCUUCUUAUAAACAUUUAAUUUGCAGCCACAUGAUGAGUAUAUCUAAUGAGUAAUAUAUAUUUCAUACUACAAUAUACAAAUCAGUAACAAUAACAAACUGAUAUUGUUACAAAAGUUUCACUUGCCUAUUCCCUUAAUACUGUAGCAAGUUCUCAAGAGGUAUGAAAUUAAUGCAGAAGUUUCACGAUUUCAUUACCAGUGCCCUCUUGACAACUGAAUAAACUCAGUGUACACAUGUUAAGUUUUAAGGAUUAAUGCACUUUAUACAGAAAUGCUAACUGGCACUGAAACAGCAUAGUAUCAAUAUAAAUUCUAGUCAUAUUUACCCAUUCCCACCAUUCUAUGCAGUAUGUGUACCAAUUUUAUCUCUGGUAAUACAACGUACGGUUACAUCCUUCACAUUAUAAAAUACUGAUUUUUUCUGCUAAAUGGGAAUUAUGUAUCAUUCAUAAACAAUUAUACCUAUAUCUGUAAAAAACUGCACAACUAUAAUUCUGUACAUAUCCUUAUUGUGUGUUUAGCAACUGAUUAUCUUGUUGUUAGGAUGUAAAUAUUGAAUGUUCUUUGUUUUAAGGUGUACGUAUUUCCUUUUUAUAACUUUUGGAAAUAAUGCUAUUGUAACCAGUAUGUUAUAACUAUAGUAAGGUAUGAGAACCACAGCAUCCUUUUAUUACUAAUGCUAAAGUACCAUAAAAUUUAACAAGAUAAAUCUAUAAUACUCUAAUUGAUACUAUAGUUCUCAAAAUGAUUUCAAAGCAAAAUAUGGAUGAAUAGCUUCCAUGAGAUCUACUACUCCUGAAGUGAGCAUAAAACUGGCUGUCUCAGGAGGAACAAACUGUUGUUCUUAUCCCUAUUUGAAACCAACAACCAUCAAACUAAGGUCUUUGAAUUAUAUGUCAAAACAACAUUUAUGGAGGCGAGUGAUUGCUUUGGGUAUUCCUCUGUCUUUAACUGGAACCUCCAUCAGCAGCAGCCUUAAAAAAUUCAUAUUUUUGUAAUAAAUUGUUUUUUAAUU